GCAAAUGAAGAGAUGCAUACAUCAAUCCCAUAAAUAAAGAUCCUUCAUAUAUAUUCUUGCUUCUUCUUCUGUUUAUAUUUAUAUAUAUUUUCUAGGAAUCUAAUUCCUUAAUUAUUUUCUUUUCCAUCCUCUUUCCAUUUUCCCGGAAAAUCGGAAUAGAAAUGGUGAGAGGAAAAGUAGAAAUGAAAAGAAUAGAAAAUUCAACGAGCAGGCAAGUGACGUUCUCAAAAAGGCGGAAUGGACUUACGAAGAAAGCUUAUGAAUUAUCAGUUCUUUGUGAUGCUGAAGUUGCUUUCAUUAUUUUCUCAAAUAAAGGAAGACUUUUUGAAUUUGCUAGCUCCAACAUGCAGAAGAUAAUUGAGAGAUACCGUGCACGUGCAAGAGAAACAAUGACGGUGGACAAAAGCACUGAACUCGAGCACUACAUGGAGAACUUGAAGCAUGAAACAGCUAACAUGGCAAAGAAGAUAGAGAUCCUUGAAGUUUCCAAACGGAAGCUAAUGGGGCAAGGAUUAGGGUCAUGUUCAAUGGAUGAACUAGAAGACAUCGACAGCCAACUGGAGAGGACCCUCAAAAUUAUCAGGGCUAGAAAGACUCAAUUGUUCAAAGACGAAAUAGAACGUCUAAACGCAAAGGAGAGACUAUUGCUCCAACAAAAUGCAAGUUUACGUGAAAAGUGCGGGCUUAGGCCAAUGCUAUUAGAGUCUGCACCCGUACCAGCACCACCACCAACACCACCAGCUCAAGCGAAAGAAAGGGGAAAUUGUAGCCAAAGUACAAAGAGUUGGGAAGUGGAGACUGAAUUGUUUAUUGGCAUUCCUCAAAUGCGCUGCUUAUAGUAGCUCGGGUCAGUGGUUGAGCUAGAAUUUUUUCAUCAAAGGAAUUUAAAAUCCGAAGAAAUAAGCACACAAAGAAGGUGGAAGGGUUUCAACGUCUACUCUAUGUACAUUAAAAGAUAAAUUUUAACUAUAUAUAAACAAUGUAAUUUUUCUCUAAAGGAAAAUCAAUUAAACCCCUCAAUCCUACGUGGCUCCGCCCCCAACCGGGACAAUGGGACCAUUUGUUCAUAUUUUGUUUAUGGUUCUCCUCAGUUAUUUAGAUUAUAAGAGGCUAGGGUUUCUCAAUUAUUUACAACCGUAAGGAGUUGCAAAUUCAAUGAAUAAUACCUUACAAUAAGAGUGUAAUGUUUGCCCC